UUCAUCGGUGUCUUUGUGUGUUGUUGGUGGCUAUGAUGUUGGGGCUGGGGGCCCAAUGUGAUCAUACAGAGCCCCCAUGUGGGGCAUAUACACCUGGGGACAUUAUCCUUGGGAUUUUGGCAUCGGUUCAUUCCAAAGUAAAAGAUCUUCCAGCACGGAUUCGUCCAGAUCAGUACACCUGCAUUGAUUUUGAUUUAAUACCAUUUGUACAGUCUUUAGCUGCAAUUCACACCAUUGAAACUAUCAACGACUCUGGAUUUCUUCCUGGGAUUCGGCUUGGAUAUCUGAUGUGUGAUUCUUGUGUAUACGCUACCAAAGCCUUGCAUUGUGUGGAGCAAAUGCUUGCUGUGAAUGGAUCAUUUCCAGUCCUCUCUAACUACUCAGACUUUACAUCAUCUGUGAAGGCAUUCUUGGGAGAAAGAUACUCUGAAUUGUCUAUUCCCGUGGCAAAAUUCUUGAGCCUCUAUAUGAUUCCUCAGAUCAGCUGCACAUCUUCUUCACCAGCACUGAGCGACAAAUCACGUUAUGCAUCCUUUUUCCGUGUCAUUCCAAGCGAUGUGUACCAGACAAAGGCCCUGGCGAAGCUCAUGAAGUACUUUAACUGGGACUGGGUCGGAGUGGUGACCCUUGAUGAUGACUAUGGGAAACCUGCCCUGGAGAAAUUUCUGAUUGAUUCAGGAAAAGAACAAAUAUGUGUGGAGUUCCAGGAAGUGGUGCCAAACUACUUAGGUUCCACAGAUAUCGCAAAGCGCAUCAAAGAGUUGGCAGAUAAAAUCCGAAGAUCCACCGCCAAAGUUGUGCUGCUCAUUCUGAGACCAGAACAUGUGGAGAUGCUCUUUAAAGAGCUGAUUAAGACCAAUACUUCUCGAAUCUGGAUCGCCAGUGAUGCCUGGUCUACAGCACGCUUCUUAAUGAAGAUGAAGGACAUAAACAAAGUGGGCGACAUCUUUGGCUUUACCUUCCUCACAGGGAUGAUCCCAGGGUUUGAAGACUAUCUCAAGAAUCUCAGGUUAGCCCCAGGAGAGAGGAAUGAUUUCAUCAGGGAGUACAAGCAAAUAAGGUUCAACUGCAGUCAGCAGUCAGAGCACACGUCCCCUUUGGCCUGCAAUGUGACAGACCCGCUGGAGGCCAACGAUGACUACCUGCUCAGUGCUGUAGACCUGACAGAGGCCUACAAUCAGAGAGUAGCAGUGUACGCUGUAGCUCAUGCCAUCAGGAACCUUCUUAAAUGUAAUGACACUGCCUGCUCUGGAGAUACCAACUUACUGCCGUGGCAGCUUGUGAGCAUUCUUCGUGAAAUUAAUUUUACCUUGGACAACAAGACAUAUUCCUUUGAUCAAUAUGGCGAUUUUGAGAAUGCUUAUGACCUCAUUAGCUGGAAAAAGAACGGUGAUGAACGAGUGCCAGAGGUGGUGGGACAGUUCCUUAUAAAGAAUGAAGAAGUUGAGGUCAAUGACCACAAAAUCCCAUGGAACAAUAAAACGGUGCCCUUGUCCAGAUGUUCAGUGACAUGUCUCCCAGGCACAGAGAAGAGCAUAUCAAAUAUCUCCUGUUGUUAUACCUGUACUAACUGUAGCGAGGGAUACUAUUCUAAUGAGACAGAUCAACUUACCUGUAAAAAAUGUCCAGAAGGCUCCUGGUCUCUUCCAGGGUCGAGGGAAUGUCAGAAAUGGAGUAUCUGGUUUUUGGAGUGGUCUGCAGCUUAUUCCAUUGUAGUGAUGAUUGGAACAGUAAUAGGUGCUCUACUGCUGGUGUUCUCAUUCAUCUUUUACAUCCUACACAGAGAAAAACCCUUCAUAAAGGGCAUCUUAGUCAUUUCAUGUCUAAUGAAAUUUGGCCUGAUGGUGAGUUUUGGAGGUGUAAUACUUUUCUUAGGCAGCCCAAACAUCCAUGUUUGCAGAGCACAACAGACCAUGUAUGGUCUUGGGUUCACUCUCUGUGUGUCCUGCAUUCUGGUCAAGGCCCUUCACAUAUUCUUAGAGUUAAUGUCCUCUAAUCCUGCAAAGCAGCGUGAACUAAGAAAGUUUGAUAAGCCCUUUGUCAUCAUAGGAAUCCUCACUGCUAUUCAAGCUCUCAUCUGCAUCUUCUGGAUGGUAUUUGAUCCUGUUGAUGUUGAGGAGAAACAAUCAAAAACUCAGUUACUUACCCUGAACCGUCUGUGCACUCAGGGCUUUAUGUAUGGCUUUGGUGCGAUGCAUGUCUACAUUGCUUUACUAGCUGUGGUGUGUUUUGGAUUGGCCUUCAAGGGGAGAGAUGAUGAGACUGAUCCUAUAGUCUUCAGCAUGCUCAUCCAUCUGUUUGCCUGGCUUUGCUUUAUUCCAAUCUUUAUCACUCAAUAUGACUCACGCCCCAUCGUCCAGAUCUCUGGCAUUAUGGUCUCCAACUAUGGAGUCAUCUUCUGCCACUUUGCCCCAAAAUGGUUUAAGAUCCUCUCAGAAAAGACAUUGGAGACAGUAAAAACCCCAGUUGCUCCUCUCACAAAUGACUCAGACUCUGGAGUAAUUUCUAACUUCACAAGUGACUUAAGAGAGUCAACGCACAGCAUUCCACAGAGCCGAUUCAGCAUUGCAGAGUCAGAACCAUCCAACUGGGAUAUUAGCAGCCUGCAUCUGUCUGAAGUCAGUAUAGCCUCAUUUAGGCGUCGGAGACAAAGAAGUUGGAGAUCAAAAAGUCUGAGACCAAGACGCCGGACACUAAGUAAUUUAUAAGCCUGUUUGGGUUGAAUUGGUUUAUUCAUCUGUACAAUCUGUAAUUAAAUUCUUACAUGUCUUACCAGUGAUAAACAACAGAACAAGCAAGUUUCUAGUGGGUUGUAUUUUCUACAAACCCAGAAGUCUGCAUCACCAUGGUCAUACCAAAACUAAAACUUGUAUAAACGAUAAAAACUACCAAGACUAAUGGUUUAAUGACUUUUUUGAAGCAUCUGUCAUUUUUGCUAGUUAAAAAGUGUUUAAUAUGGAUCCACGCACUAGGAAACUAAGCCGAAGAGUAGUGGUCAAAACCCGUUUUUUUCUGCAGUUUGUGGUGAUAUCUACAUCUACUGCUUGGACACAAUUUAAGUUAUUAAGCCAUCUCAGAUGGUGGCUACUUGGGCCUGUGAUUUUCUUAGGGAAGAAGGUAGGAAAGCACUGUUCCAGAUUUUCCAGGGUGUGUUAUAAAACAGUGUUGUGAGAAUAUCAUAAAGAAGUAAUGCCACUGUUUUGUUUGUCUUCUUUUUAAUCUCUUUAAUCUUUAAUGUAUGUUUAAUGUGUGCUCAAUAGUGUUUGUCACAGCCAGAAAACAUUUCUAAGGCACAUAUUUUAAAACAAAAAUAUGAUUUGAAAAAAAAAAUGUUUGUUUUUUAGAAAGAAAUCUGUGUUAAAAAUGUAUUCUUUAUUGUUCUGUAAGUUCUGUAUAUACAGUUGUGUGUUUUUUAUAUUUUACAAAUACUGGAAAUAUGUUUGGUUGAGCCAGCAUCCCACAGUAAACCCCAAGACUGACAGGGUACUCCUGUUUGUGCCCUUGGGAAAGGCAGCUAACCCCCAUCCUACUGGCACCGCUGAGCAUAGUUAGGCAGAAAAUGGCAAAUUUCCAUUAUAGGAUCACCAUCAAACCUCUUAGUGCCAUAAACCUGUUUGGUGCUUUCUUCUAGAGAAAGAGGGCUACAAUCUCUUUUUGACAUCAUUCAUCUCAAAUUGUUUUUAAUCAGACAAAACUAGCUGCUCUGUGGAUAUGGAGAGUCACCGUUUGUCAAAUCCUGUGUUGUCUUAGUGUUAUUAUUUAUUAAAGAAUGAUUAUGUAUAAGUUGUUUA